AUGACUGCCGCAGAGUUUUUCAGUUGUUCUCUUCUAGCAUUCGGAGCGCCUUUGGCUAUGUUCGCUUUAACGAUAGCCAACGACCCUGUGCGGAUCAUAAUCAUGAUAGCUGCAGCGUUUUUUUGGCUGCUAUCAUUUCUACUGUCUUCAAUGAUAUGGUACGCCGUAGUACCACUACGGUCCUAUUUAGCUUUUGGAAUGGUUUUUGCGAUAUUAAUCCAGGAGACUUUUCGCUUUGGUGUGUAUCUUCUAUUGAAAAGGACUGAAUCAGGAUUGAAGGAGAUAUCAGAAAACCAUGAGAUUGGUAGCAAUAAGGCUGAGAUAGCUUAUGUGUCAGGUUUUGGGUUCGGGGCCAUGAGUGGAGCAUUUGCCAUCAUUAAUGUGUUAGCAGAUUCUGUUGGUCCUGGAACGUUAGGUCUUCGCCACGGAUCUGAAUACUUCUUUGUUACAAGUGCAUCAAUGACUCUCUGCAUGACGCUGCUCAACACAUUUUGGAGUGUCAUCUUCUUUAAUGGAGUGGACAAUAAGAGCUACCUGAAGAUCCUGUGGGUGGUCGGCUCACAUUUAGUAGUGUCUGGAUUAAGUUUACUCAAUAGGAAAGAACUGUACGCCGCUACAAUAAUCCCGUCAUACAUAAUCCUUGUAAUAACUUUAUAUAUAGCCUUCAAGUGUGCGGGCGGUUCUAGUAAAGGUUUCCUGCAGACAUUCCGGGCUAGGACUUAA